CGCCGACUCGCCACAAUCCUCAUCAGCAAGACUUCUUUUACGGCACAAAAGCAGCGGCGUUCCGUGCCGCUGUCAACGAAGGAUCACGGCAGAGAUGAAACCUCAUUCCGCUUGGCACGCUCUUCUCAUUCUGCCCACUCUUUUGGGUAUGGGGAAGGCAAACAAGAUGACGGACCUUCAAAUAUUGGACACGCUUUUGACUCAGUAUGACCGUCGGGCAACUCCGUCUAACCAAUGGAACAACGCAACGGUGGUUGACUGCGAGCUCUACAUUCGCAGCUUCGGCUCUAUUAACCCUUCCUCGAUGGACUAUCACGUAGACUUAUACCUACGACAAACGUGGGUUGACCAACGCCUCAACCACGCCGACAUUGACCAGCCGCUGGAUUUGAACGACCCAAACUUGGUGAAGGCGAUCUGGAAGCCUGAAGUGUAUUUCCCCAACGCCAAGCACGCAGAGUUUCAGUUCGUGACCGUGCCUAACGUGCUCGUUAGGAUCAACCCUCACGGCGAGAUUCUGUACAUGCUCAGGUUGAAGCUGCUCUUCUCUUGUAUGCUGGAGCUUUCAAAAUUCCCUCUGGACGCCCAAAUUUGCACCAUGGAAGUGGCCAGCUUUUCAAAGACGAUGAAGGAGCUGGAGCUGCGCUGGAAAAGUGAGGACCCCAUCAAAAUGUACCGCGACCUCCGCAUGCCGCAGUACGAGAUCAACGCAAUACGACCUUCCAUCUGCAACGAGUCAUUUUACAUCGGUAACUAUAGUUGCUUGGUAGCAGAGUUCAGCCUGCAGAGAUCCAUCGGCUUCUACCUGGUGCAGGUUUACCUGCCUACCAUCCUUAUUGUCGUGAUAUCCUGGGUCAGCUUCUGGAUGGACGUGGACUCUGUACCUGGCCGUACAACUCUAGGGGUGACCACCCUGCUUACCGUGUCCACCAAGUCCUCAG